GUCACGCUGCUUGUCAAAAUGGGCGAAUACGCCGGCGAAGCCGCCACCGCCGCCGUCCCCGGCGAGGGCGCCCCCGUCUUCGUCUCCACAACCGCCCCCUCCCUCAGCGAAGUAAUCAAAUACAAGAAACUCUCCUUCGAAGAAGCCUCCCGCUGCCUCAACAUGUUGGGCAAAGACGAAACCGGGAGUCGCUACGCCUACCUCAUGAUCACGGCCACCGACCAGAAGCUGACCGACGUUUCGAUCAUCCUCAGUUUCAAGCACGUGUUUUUUCUGGACCUCAGCGGCAACUACCUCACCACUGAGGCCCUCCAGGUCCUCGUAGCGAUGCCGUUUUUGAUUCUUCUCAAAGCCGAGAGGAAUCGCGUCGAUUCUGCGUCUCUGGACACCAUGCACUACCUGCAAGUCUUGGAUCUCAACCAGAACCAAAUCAAGAACGUGGAGAACAUAAACCAGCCGCUGCUGGAUGUGUUGGAGCUGAAUUUUAACGAUAUUUAUAUUACGCGGUUCGAGACUGCCAACUUGGAGAAGUUGAAGCAGUUGGAGUUGAGAAGUAAUUUGUUGUUUGAGAUUAGCGGGACGUUUCCGCUUAGUAUUGAGAAGAUGUAUUUGGCGGGUAAUAAGAUUAGUGUGAUUACGUCGCCGGAUUUUGCUAAGAUGGCGCAUUUGGAGGUGUUGCAUCUUCGGGACAAUAAUUUGCAGCAGUUGGAUGGGUUCUCGGAAGCGAUGGUCAAACUCAAGUAUCUCAAUUUGAGGAAUAAUAAGAUUGGAAACUUUAAGGAGUUUAAGAAGUUGCAGUGUUUGCCGAAUUUAGAGACGUUGAUUGUUCUGGGGAAUCCUUUACCGGGUACUUUAAGUGAAGAAGCGCCCCAACCCGGCGAAGGUGCUAUUCCCGGUGAAGGGGGCCCCCUUCCCGGUGAGGGCGGCCCAAUCAGAGACCCCGUACUCAUCCCCCUUCUAGUGAUCCUCCCGAAGUUGAAACGCAUCAACAAAACUGUGAUCACAAUGCAAAUAAAAGUAGAAGCCGAAGAUAUGGAAAACGACGUCUUGGAAGCGCUUCUGGCGGACGAAAACACCAUCCAAGAAACCGAUCGGACGACCACAUCAGCCCCCACUUCCGAUUACAAAGAAGAAUCAGACGCUAACUGAGUUAAUUAGUUGUAUAAAUUAAGAUUUUGUUAUUAAAUUGCCGUCGUUUUGGUGUUA